AUGGAAGGUUCACGUAAGAGGUCUCGAUCUCUGGUGUGGAGUUACUUUGAUUUAGUAUCUCCCUCAAAGGUAAAAUGCAUAAUUUGCGAAAAGCAACUAGCAUUUAGCGGUAACACGUCUUCAAUGCUUCGCCACUUGAGGUCGACGCAUCCUGGCGUUACAGAGGAGUAUGACAAUCCCGCUGUAUCUGCUCACACUGGAACUUCUAAGAAAGGCAGACAAGAGGAACUGGAUGAGGCUUUAGUUGACAUGGUCGUAAAAGAUUUGCAGCCCUUUUCUAUUAUCGAAGAUAAAGGCUUCCAGGCUUUUGUUAACAAACUGGAUCCCAGCUACAUCCUCCCAACCAGAAAGGCACUUAAAGCCAUGGUUCAGGCCAAGUACUGUGCAGUUAAAGAGAAGGCAAUGGCUGAGGUAAAGCAGGCUGCUUAUGUCAGCCUCACAUCUGAUAUGUGGACUUCGAUAAAUAUGGAUGGCUAUCUGGGUGUCACGUGCCAUUAUGUCACAGCUGAAGCCAAACUGGCCACAGUACUCCUUUGUGUCAGCCAAUUUCCCCAGACGCACACUGCUGCUCACAUCACGGAGUCCAUGAGUGUGCUAAUGACGGACUGGGGAAUCCGUGGCAAGAUACACUGCAUGGUGACUGACAAUGCAGCCAAUCUUGUUGCCACUGCCCAGCUGCUGAAAGUUCGUCAUGUGCCAUGCUUUGCCCAUACCCUGAAUCUGGUAGUAAAGAAGGCAAUUGACCAGACCCCCAAGCUCCAGGAAAUUCGUCAAAAAGCAAAGAAAAUUGUAUCUUUGUUUAGGUCAAGUUGUAAUGCUAAGGAAAAACUAUCGGAGAUGCAGCAGCUAAUGGGCAGGCCAGUGCAGAAGGUGGUUCAAGAAGUGGACACCCGAUGGAACAGCACUUACGACAUGCUGCAGCGUCUGUAUGACCAACGUGAGGCAGUUGGUGCCGCCCUCUCUAAUUUAAAUACAGAGGUUGUUCCCUUAACAAGUGGGGAGUAUGAUAUUAUUAAUGAAUGCCUGACCCUCCUCCUUCCACUAAAACAUGCAACAACAGAGAUGUCUGCAGAGAAAACGGUGUCUGCAUCAAAAAUGAUCCCACUAUAUCGCAUGUUGCAACACAACAUCUCGGAGAAGAGUACCAAGGUGACCAGGGAGGAGUCCAUACAAUUAGGUGUGCAUCUGCAGGAAAGCUUACGCUCCAGAUUCCAUACACUGGAAUCCAUCCGGGUUUUGGCCUUGGCUACACUGCUGGACCCAAGAUUCAAAACUCUUGGCUUUGGCAAUCCAGACCGUGUCAGAGAGGCUGAGAGACAACUCACCUUGGAAUGCGCAUCCCUAAUGCGGUCCUCUCCAGACUCUGUGCACAUGACACCCCAAGAGCCACAGCCUUCAACAUCAGCACUGGCCCCAUCCUUGGAAAUAGCAUGUCCCACAGACCAUCUAUGGCAACUUUUGGACUUGCGUGUUUCCGAGGCUCAAAGAGUCCACAGUGCCACUGCAGAUGCCACUGUGGAGGUGAAGAGAUAUUUAACAGAUGCCUAUCUUGGUAGACAAGAAGAUCCACUCCUGUAUUGGAAAGAGAGAAUAACUGUUUACCCCAGUCUAUCAGCUUGCCAUCAAAUAUCUUUGUCUGCCAGCAACGUCUGUUCCCAUUUUAUUCAUGAUUACGUGUCUCACGAAAGUGAGUUAAACUCUGAAUUUGAUCCGAUUUCGGUACAGCUUCGGGACCCCAGGCAUGAAAAACUCUUAAACAAACUUGUUGACAUUUCAAAGAGGUUAGAUGGUGAUGAAGAACUUCAGCAAACCACUGCAACUUCUGAGCGCAAAGGUAGUAAGCUAGCUGCUGAGCAGUCAGUGCAGUGUCACUGUCGCUUCAAGGCUAUUGAAACAUUUUAUGGCCUUGCCGUCAGCACCUACCGGACAUUAGAUUUAAAAACCUGGGAUUCCGCGACUCUGCAAAUGUUGAGCCUGUAA